CUUGUUUCAGUAUUGAGCUGUGUUUAUUUAUUUUUUUUUAGUUAAAAGCAUUAAUGGGGAUGUUAAUGGAUUUAUUCUAGCAUUAAAUAUUUGCUAACACGCGUUAACAAAGUUCAAUGAAAACUCCCCCCGGUCUUGACUGGUGACAGCUGUGUCCAAGCAGGAACCAACCUCAGUUGUUUUUCCUUCCCUCUGCCCAGCACACUCCGCAGGAAUGGUGGCUGGUUAGCUGUUCAGGCAGCAGUUUUUUUUUUGGAUUAGCUUAUUUGUUAACGUUAUUUGGCAUUGUUCUGUUAUAAUAAUGAAUUUACUACCGUCGAAUCCUCACGGGAAUGGCCUCCUUUAUGCUGGAUUUAACCAGGAUCAUGGAUGCUUUGCCUGCGGAAUGGAAAAUGGAUUUCGGGUCUACAACACAGAUCCUCUUAAGGAGAAGGAGAAACAAGAGUUCCUGGAGGGCGGGGUUGGCCACGUGGAGAUGCUGUUUAGGUGUAACUAUUUAGCACUAGUGGGAGGAGGAAAGAAACCCAAGUACCCAACCAACAAAGUGAUGAUCUGGGAUGACCUGAAGAAGAAGACAGUCAUUGAGAUCGAGUUCUCAACAGAAGUCAAAGCAGUGAAGCUUCGGCGGGACAGGAUUGUGGUGGUCCUGGACUCAAUGAUCAAAGUCUUCACCUUCACUCACAACCCCCAUCAGCUGCAUGUGUUUGAGACCUGCUACAACCCCAAAGGUCUGUGUGUGCUGUGUCCCAACAGCAACAACUCUCUGUUGGCGUUCCCUGGGACUCACUCGGGGCAUGUGCAGAUCGUAGACCUGGCCAACACGGAGAAGCCCCCAGUCGACAUCCCCGCCCAUGAGGGUGCGCUGUGCUGCAUCGCUUUAAAUCUGCAGGGGACGAGGAUAGCUACUGCAUCAGAGAAAGGGACUCUCAUUAGAAUUUUCGACACAUCUGCAGGUCAGCUCAUACAGGAGCUAAGACGAGGCUCUCAGACAGCGAACAUUUACUGCAUCAAUUUCAACCAGGAUGCGUCCCUCAUCUGUGUGUCCAGUGAUCAUGGCACAGUGCACAUCUUCGCUGCAGAGGACCCCAAAAGGAACAAACAGUCGAGUUUGGCAUCAGCCAGCUUUCUUCCCAAAUACUUCAGUUCCAAAUGGAGCUUCUCCAAGUUCCAGGUCCCCUCAGGCUCUCCUUGUGUGUGUGCCUUUGGAACAGAGCCAAAUGCUGUCAUCGCCAUUUGUGCUGAUGGCAGCUACUACAAGUUCCUGUUCAACCAGAAAGGGGAGUGUUCCAGAGAUGUGUACGCCCAGUUCCUGGAGAUGACCGAUGAGAAAAUAUGACCUUUGACCCCUCUGGAGACUCGCUAUUACACAGCCUGUUUUUUUCCCCCCCUUUGCUUUGUUAAGUUUGGAGGAGGCUGGAGAGGUUCCUCUUGCACUUGUCCGUAUCUUUGACAGACUCUGUGAAGGAGCAUCAGAUGGAGGGAGGACAAAGAAAGAGAAGCACAGAUUUGGGGAAACCCCUCACAGCAAACACGAACACAUGGAAGCACUAACAUGGAUGCAGACUUAAGACUCCUGAGGAUGGUCUCUGGACAGAGGGACUCCCAAACCAAACACUAGAGAAGAGGGAACGUUAUUUUUGUUGAAUGGACAACGUGCCGCUUUUUAAGACGUCUUCCGAGGAAUUUACAAAGGAUGGCUAUUUUUAAUCACAUAGAUGAUUCUGAUAGUUAGACGGAUUGAAAAUACUGAGAUUUUUGUCAACUAACACCACCUAACCUAACUAUAGGGAGUGCCUCGAGACUGGAGAGAAUCUGUAUGUGUGCACAUAUUGCUGUUGUCAUAUAUACAUAUGUGUGUUUGUGUAUAUACCAAUGUACCAUAUUAGGUGUUUGCAAAGCAGAAUCAGACUGAAGGAACUAGAUUUUUUUCCACUCUUGUCUUUGAGGUUCAUAGAAACAUCUGGAACAGACUGAUCCUGCCUUGUGAAGCGUCACCAUAGUAUUACUAGAUUUUCUUAUAUCCACUGUAUAAACACAACACACCAGACUGAACUUUAACUACAUAUGACUGUACAGAACAGUAGCAGAAAAAGAAUUUAACAUGUCUUUUUGUUUCACUCUUCCUUUUUUCAUACAUGGUGCAAUAUGUUUUCCCCAUUGUUUUGGUUUUUUUUUUGCUAGGCGCUUGUAAAAAGUUGAGUGUUUCUACCUGACCAAGAAAGCUUAAAGUAAUAGUUAUUCUGAGGGGGAAAUGGGGUUGUUCACUUUCUUGCUCAGUGAGAUGUGUACAUUUGAAACCACGCUUGUGUCUGUUAGAUAUACAGCCUGAGCCAGCGACUGGUUAGCUUAGCAUAAACACUGGAAACAGUUAGCCGUACUCUGCUCAAAGGUAAAAAAAAACACCAUUCAGGACCCCCAAAGCUCAUUAUAUUGUGUCUGCUUAGUCUGUAGUGAGGCAGACUAUAUUUUAGCAGGGAGUAGUGACUUCCUACAGUUGCCACCAUGAUUUUUUCCCCUUUAGUUUUUGUAUGGAUUAAAAUAAAGAGCUAUAAUGUGUGAACUAGACAAAUCCAGGCUAACUCGCUACCUAUGUUUCCAGUCAGCUGUUAGCUGCAGCAUUAUAUUUACCCUGUGGAAUUUCUUCCAUGGUUUUUUUCAGUUCAGUAUUGAACGGUUUAAACAAAUGAGAUAUAAUGUUAAUCGGACAGAGCAAGGCUAACGCUCCAUGUUUUCAUUUGUCAUGCCAAGCUAAGCUAGCAAGCUGCUAGCUUUAGCCUCACAUUUACUCUACAGGAUUGGCAAAAAUCUUUUCAAUUUGCUUGCAGCAAGAAAGCGUUUGAGAGCAAAAACAUGGUCCUCAUUAGUACAUUAACAGAAACACAAUGCAGAUGCUUCAAGCUACACAACAUCGGAGUGUCACCUGCAAAUUGUAGUCCAACACAAGCUGCAGGCUGAGUGCUUGCGUGCACUAUAUAGCAUGAACCAACAAGGGAAAGUUGACCCCUUCUGUUUAGGUUCAUUGCUGCUCAAACAACCGAAGCUAACCAGUUUGAUGAAUUUCUAGCUGAGCAUGUCAAAAUCAUAGGUGUAUUUGACUCUUUGUCACCUCUCCCUGUCUGUUUCUUUUUUAUGUCUGUGUAGUAGAUACAGAAGUACACAUUGCUCCACACAUGGCAUGUUGGUGUACUACUGUGGUUGUGGCGAUGCUCCAAGUAGCUCUGUGUUGUCCCCUUGAGGACUGGCGUUCUUAGCCUCACAGGUGUUUGAGCGCACCUUUGUACCAGCUGGUUUAAGCAUCAGGACCAUGUUUCUGCACUGUCUAUUUCCCAAAAUGUAGUGAAAGUUGAGUGUUUGUUGUUCCUGUCUGAAUAGGAAAACUAAAGAGCCAAAUGCACAGGCACGGCUUCCAUCUUAAAUCACAAAAAAAACCAAAAAAACGAUUUCGGAAAAGAUUCGUUUUUUUUCUUCCACAGUCAAGAUCAAAUAUUUUUCUUAAAAAAAGGAGAGAACAAUAUUUUGAACACGGUUCAAUACUGCACUUCAUGUUUAAUGUUAUCACAUUAUUUGUCCAAUACAGUUAAAAACCUUAAAUCAUCUGGAGGAUGAUUGGUCGCCUCAUGUACUUUUCAUUGGCCGCUGUGGCUGUCCAUUCACAGCGGUGCACUCGCUUUUGUUUCAAUCCCAGCAACACUCAGAAAAUGUAGUGUAGCUUAUGUCUUGUGUGAGUAAACGGCUUCACCAUGCUCCCCAACAGCAUCAAUUCAGCUAACGCGAAUCAGGGACUCUGAAGUGCUUUGUUGAAGCCCGUGGCCAUAAACAAGAAGAUCUGUUCAGUGUGGAACCUGGAUAAGCAGAACUGUGUUAAUGUAUAAUUCAAUAUUACUGUUCUGUUUUAUUAUUUGUCAUAUUACUUGACGGCAUUCUUGUCGAUUUAAUGCAAAACAUGUCAUUUGUGUUGCUUUCUGCAUCAGAUUGUACCAUUGCAGGUGUCAGUGCUCAACUCACACGGCACUCAGCGCUCACUGACGUAAAGGAGGGACGCUGCACAAACUGAAAAGCCAACUUGUUUCUGACGCACUCAGAAUGAUUGUAAAACCUGCAUUUAACUCUGUGAAUAAAAUGUAACAUCUGCUUUUACAGUUAAACUUUA